AUGGAGCAAUAUAAAUUAAUAUCUUUAAUUUCUAUUUUAUACUAUAUUAUAGUAUAUACAUGUGGUGUUUUUUGUGUUGAACUUAAUAAAUUACAAUCACUUACAUCACUAAAGCUCAACCACCCUAAUGUGUACAAUGAUUACAGAGAUUAUAUGAUACAUUCUAAAAGAGAAUUAGGAGAAAUUAAUUUUAUCACUACCUCCAAAGAUGUGAUCAAACAUAUCCGCAAAUCACGUGGUGUACCAAAAUCUAGUCGGCACCUUAGACUUGGUGAUGCACAUCAAAUUGCAAAUUAUUUUCUCACUGAUGGUCCAUCAAAGGGUCAUGCACAUUUUGUGAAAGAAAGAAAUUGUGAAUCAGAUAAUAAUGAAAACAAUGUAAAUGAAAUAAGUAACCCAAAUAAUGGUAGUAAUACAAAUUUAUCUACAAAUGAACAAGAUUUAAAUACUACUCUGUCUGAUUCCAUUGUUGGAGCCGUACAUGUUCCUCCAUUACAUCCUCCACAUAGCAACUUGAACUCUGUUAUACAUCCAACUUUAGACACAUUAAGUAAACUACCACACUUGCUAUUAGGGAAUAAUUUAUUACAUUCUGUGAUGCAUCCUAAUUUACACCCACAUAUUAAUGCAUUACAUGAUAUUCCUAGCAGUUUGAUAAAAACAGCUUCUUUACCAAUAACUGGCUUAAUGCAAGCUAGAUCAGAACUCCAAAAUAUGUUUCACCCACAUGGACCACUUCUUGGAAGUGUCAAUAAAGAGUUAAAGCAUGCUAAAGUAAGAAAAAACCUUAAGAACAAUUUUAUGUAUCCAGUUGGGUCACAUCCACCUAUUGUGGGAUUAGCUCCUAUAGGUUUUCAUAACAAUGUUCCGUUAUCAAAUGUGAUUCAUUCUCAUAUUCCAAUACCUCAUCCUGAGCCUAAUGGUUAUAUUGUGAAAUAUGUACCACACGAUAAACAAACAGUGCCACUAUCUCCAUCUAAUGGUUCAUCACAGAAACAGUCUUCUAACUAUGGAGACAAUAAGUCAAAUGUUCAGCAAGAUUCAACCAGUUCCACUAAUAGUUAGGACAAUGUUAUAUAUAAAACAGAACAAUUGACAAAACUAUUGAAACUCAAAUGUAAAUGUUUCAAACUAUAUAUGAUAAGGAACAUAAUA